CGCAGCCGCUGCCCUGCCCGGCCCCGCCUCGGGCCGCCCGCACUCGCUCGGCAGGAUGUCGGUGAAGGACGGCGCCCAGCGCAAGUGGGCGGCGCUCAAGGAGCGCCUGGGGCCACAGGACUCCGACCCGACCGAGGCCAACCUGGAGAACGCCGGCCCCGAGCUGUGCAUCCGGCUGCUGCAGGUGCCCUCGGUGGCCAACUACUCGGGCCUGCGGAAGCGCCUGGAGAGCAGCGAUGGCGGCUGGAUGGUGCAGUUCCUGGAGCAGAGCGGCCUGGACCUGCUGCUGGAGGCGCUGGCGCGGCUGUCGGGCCGUGGCGUCGCGCGCAUCUCGGACGCACUGCUGCAGCUCACCUGCGUCAGCUGCGUGCGAGCCGUCAUGAACUCCCCGCCCGGCCUGCAGUACAUCCUCAGCAACCAGGCCUACGUGCGCCAACUGUCCCAGGCCCUGGACACCUCCAACGUGAUGGUCAAGAAGCAGGUGUUCGAGCUGCUGGCCGCGCUCUGCAUCUACUCGCCCGAGGGCCACGCGCUGGCCCUGGACGCCCUGGACCACUACAAGGCCGUGUGCAGCCACCAGUACCGCUUCAGCGUCAUCAUGAACGAGCUGUCGGACAGUGACAACGUCCCGUACGUGGUGACGCUGCUCAGCGUGGUCAACGCCAUCAUCCUGGGCCCCGAGGACCUCCGCGCCCGCACCCAGCUGCGCAGCGAGUUCAUCGGGCUGCAGCUUCUGGACGUCCUGACCCGGCUGCGGGACCUGGAGGACGAGGACCUGCUGAUCCAGCUGGAGGCCUUCGAGGAGGCCAAGGCCGAGGACGAGGAGGAGCUACUGCGCAUCUCCGGCGGCGUGGACAUGAGCAGCCACCAGGAGGUGUUCGCGCGCCUGUUCCACAAGGUGAGCUGCUCCCCGGCGUCCACCCAGCUGCUGUCCAUACUGCAGGGCCUCCUGCAUCUAGAGCCCUCGCACCGCGCCAGCCAGCUGCUCUGGGAGGCCCUGGAGGGCCUGGUGAACCGGGCAGUGCUCCUGGCCAGUGACGCCCAGGAAAGCACCUUGGAGGAGCUGGUGGAGAGGCUGCUGUCCACCAAGGGGCGGCCUCGGCUGGGUCCCCUGAGCCAGGCCCAUAAGAGCGUCCAGGCAAACCUGAGCCCGCCGGGCAGCUCCCCCCGGGCCACUGCUGCGUCCACGGCCGACCUGGGGGCUCAGCAGCCAGCAGCAGCCCCCAGCUGCCCACAUGUGGUCAGCACCCCGAGCGCCAGGGACCUGAUGGCUCCACAGCCGACAGCCACAACCCCGCUCCCCCUCCCCAGCCUUGCCACUGUGCCACCACCUCCUCUCCCAGGCCAGGGGGCCUCGUGCCCCCCAGUGCCCCCUCCCCCACCCCCUCUCCCAGGCCAGGGGGCCACGUGCCCCCCAGUGCCCCCUCCCCCACCCCCUCUCCCAGGCCAGGGGGCCACGUGCCCCCCAGUGCCCCCUCCCCCACCCCCUCUCCCAGGCCAGGGGGCCACGUGCCCCCCAGUGCCCCCUCCCCCACCCCCUCUCCCAGGUCAGGGGGCCAUGUGCCCCCCAGUGCCCCCUCCCCCACCCCCUCUCCCAGUCAUGGGCUGCCCGCCCCCACCCCCACUGCCUGGUACAGGCGGGGGCCCCCCACCCCCACCCCCGCUGCCUGGUCCCCCUGGAACAGAUGGGGUGGAGGAGGUCGUCGUGUCCCAGGUGGACCAUGGCCUGGGCUCUGCCCGCGUCCCCAGCCACCGGCGCGUGAACCCCCCCACGCUGCGCAUGAAGAAGCUGAAUUGGCAGAAGCUGCCGUCCAGCGUGGCCCGAGAGCGCAACUCCAUGUGGGCGGCCCUGAGCGGCCCGGACAGUGCGGCCCUGGAGCCCGACUUCGGCAGCCUCGAGCGGCUCUUCUCCUUCCCUGUGGACAAGCCCAAGGAGCCGGCAGCCGCCCCGGCCAGGAAGGAGCCCAAGGAGGUCACUUUUCUGGACUCCAGGAAGAGCCUGAACCUCAACAUCUUCCUGAAGCAGUUUAAGUGCUCCAACGAGGAGGUGGUGGCCAUGAUCCGUGCCGGAGACACCAGCAGGUUUGACACGGAGGUGCUCAGACAGCUCCUGAAGCUGCUCCCGGAGAAGCACGAGAUUGAGAACCUGCGGGCGUUUGCUGAGGACCGAGCCAGGCUGGCCAGCGCCGACCAGUUCUACCUGUUGCUGCUGGAUGUCCCCUGCUACCAGCUGCGGGUGGAGUGCAUGCUGCUAGGCGAGAGCACAGCCAUCGGGCUGGACAUGGUGCGGCCCAAGGCCCAGCUGGUGCUGGACGCCUGCGAGAGCCUGCUCACCAGCCCCCAGCUGCCCGCCUUCUGCCGGCUGAUCCUCCAGAUCGGGAACUUCCUCAACUACGGCAGCCACACGGGGGACGCGGACGGCUUCAAGAUCAGCACGCUGCUGAAGCUCACGGAGACCAAGUCCCUGCAGGGCCGUGUCACGCUGCUGCACCACGUGCUGGAGGAAGUGGAAAAGACCCAGCCGGACCUCCUGCAGCUGCCGCAGGACCUGGAGCUGCCCUCCCGGGCCGCGGGGAUCAACCUGGAGAUCCUCCGCUCCGAGGCCAGCGCCAACCUGAAGAAGCUCCUGGAGGCCGAGCGCAAGGUGUCGGCCUCGCUGCCCGAGGUGCAGGAGCUGUACGCCCAGCGCCUGCAGGCCAGCAUCGCGGCCUCCCGGGCGCUGGAGGAGCUGUUUGAGGCCGUGGAGCGGCGGCGGCAGGAGCUGGCCGAGUACCUGUGCGAAGACCCCCAGCAGCUGUCCCUGGAGGACACCUUCAGCACCAUGAGAGCCUUCCGGGACCUCUUCCUGCGCGCCCUGAAGGAGAACAAGGCGCGCAAGGAGCAGCUGGCCAAGGAGGAGGCGCGGAAGCUGCGGAGCGGGGCGGGGCAGCCAGCCAGGAGGGGGCCCGCGCGGCAGGAGGAGGUGUGUGUCAUCGACGCCCUGCUGGCCGACAUCAGGAAGGGCUUCCGGCUGCGGAAGACGCACCGCGGCCGCGGGGACCAGGACCCCCUAGACACCCCAAAGACUGUGGAGCCCGCAGCUGCCCCCGACCCGGCACCCAGCCGCGCCUGCGCCGAGCCUCCUGACUGGGACCUGGUGGACGCCUUGCACCCUGGCCCCCAGGCCCCGGAGGAGGGCGGCCCCCAGCCCCCGGAGAGGCGCUCCUCCUGGUAUGAGGACGCCAGCGAUUUCCUGGCCAGCGAGGACGCCCCGAGCCCCCUGCCCUCCACGGGGGCCUGGCCAGUGACUCUGGGGGACGACCAAGCCCUCAAGCCCAUCAAGUUCUCCUGCGAGAAGCCCCCUGGAGCCGAGAGUCCCAGGCGGGAGCAGGAGGACCCUGCAGGCCUGGGUGGCGCCCACCAGGUGGAGGCCGACAGCACGGGCGAGGCGCCCCGGGACCCAGCUGCUCACGGCCAUGGCUCCAGCCGCCUGGGGGAUGAGGAGGACACGGCCCCGGAGUCCGCGCUGGACACGUCCCUGGACAAGUCUCUCUCGGACUCCUCGGGGUCCGGCACCCUGCCCCGGGCGCGGGGCCGAGCCGCCAAGGGCUCGGGCCGGCGGAGGAAGCAGCGGCCCUGCAGGGGCCAGGAAGAGGUCGCCCCCGAUGGUGACAGUCAGGCACGAAGGCUGUGUGUACUGCAGUAAGGACCCAGGCCCAAGCCCAGAGCCAAGUGAGCGAGACUCCAGGGAACCCCAAGUCCGUGCCUUACCCAGCCAGGGCCUGCACCCCAGCAGGCCCCUCCUGCCACUACCCACCCAGCCCCUGCCCCGGCUCCUUCCUCCGGUGUGUGCCAGCAGUGAGACCAAUAAAGACAAGCCUGGCCCU